GCACAUCUCAGGAUCAGUCUUAACUGUCCUAGGUGUACAUGACGUAACAGAUUGGCGCAGUUUGCCUAGUGGCCAUUUUGUUUUCAAUUGCACGGCUGAUUAAGGUGUCCAUCUGUCCAUUCAGCGUGGUGAGAGAGGCAACAAUGGAUUCAAAACGGCAUGAACGCAGUUCCAAGUCCAAUACAGAUUCACCACCAGCUCCACCUUCGCCUCCUAUGUAUAGUGCAAGUUAUACAACAUAUGAUGGGUACAAAAACAGAAUGUCGUCGCGCCGUUCACCUUCACCCUUGGAGUAUAGAAGCAGUAGAACUUCCCGAAAUGACUCGCCACAAGACAGACGUAGAAGAAGACGCAGUACAUCAAAAUCUUCUCCAACUAGAUCGUACAAACGAUCUCGAUCACCCGAUAGAGAUAAAGAUCGAGACAGAGAUAGAGAUCGAUCGCGGAAAUAUUCCAGAAGAGAUAGAUCAAGGUCUAGGUCAAGAGGAAGAUCGCGUUCUAGAGAUAGGAGACGUAGUCGCAGUCGUAAUAGGAGUAAAGAUAGACAUAGAGGUAGAGAAAGCCGCAGAUACCAUAGAGCACCAUCGUACGAGUCAGAUACAGCUGAAGAUAAUACAGAAACAACUGUAUCUCAUCCAGUUGUUCCUCCACAAUCUAAUGCUUUUAAGAAUGAUGGUAGUUUUAUGGAAAUGUUUAAAAAAAUGCAGGAACAAAUGCAACCUGCACAAAAACCGGCGACUUCUGUUUUGGAAGAAAAAACUGUUGUUCCUCCACCUUUGAUGGUAGGAAAGAGGCGAGGAGGUAGAAUUUUAAAAACUGGAAUGGUUGCCAAACCAAAGACUGAACAAACUGUUGAACAACCCAAGGAUGCUUGGUCACUCUAUAUGGCUGAAGUGAAAAAAUACAGAGAAGUUUGCUGUCAGGAAGAAGAUAACACAAGACCAUUGGUUAAAUAGCUGAUUUUAUUUUCAACCAUUUUCCAUUUUGUUACUUCGUUUUAUCUACAAUGAAUGUGCUUUCGAAAGAUGCUGUGUUCUCUUAAUUACAUCAUGGUUGUAUUUAAAUAUACAAGAAUAGCUAUUAACCUACUUUAAAAAAGAGCUCCAUGUAUACUAAAAUUAUUAUUAUUUACCAAGAAAAACUUCUAUAGAAAUGUAUGCAAAUAUGAGGAAGCUUUUUCUUUUUUCAAUUACUAGAUAGAAUGUACAGUAUAUGUUAUUCGAAAAUUAUAAAUAUAUAGUAUCCCAAAUUCUUAAAUAUUUCGAGUUAAAGAACAUUAUUAAUGUAAUAUGAGAAUAAAAACAAGGACUGCAGUGAGAAAGCAAUUAAUGUUUGUGAUAGUGUACUAUGUGAUGCAAGAGACAAACUGACUAAAGCGAGAGACAAACAUGUAGAGAGUUUGCCUUGUGGGAGAAAGGGAGGGUGUCAGAUUGUAGUACUU